AUGAGCGAGGAGCCUGCCCCCGAGGCCGCCUCCCCGCCGCCCCCAAAGGGGGUGCACUUAAACGACCGCUUCUCUGAGGACGACCCUGAGUACUGCGCCUUCGCCCCCGCGCGGCGGGACCUGCGGCAGGACUUCAACCUGAUGGAGCAGAAGAAGCGCGUGACCAUGAUCCUGCAGAGCCCGUCUUUCAGGGAGGAGCUGGAAGGCCUCAUCCAGGAGCAGAUGAAGAAGGGGAACAAUUCCUCCAACAUCUGGGCCCUGCGGCAGAUCGCGGACUUCAUGGCCAGCACCUCCCACGCAGUCUUCCCAACAUCUUCCAUGAACUUCUCCUUGAUGACGCCCAUCAAUGACCUCCACACAGCCGACCCCUUGAACCUGGCCAAGGGGGAGCGGCUCAUGCGGUGCAAGAUCAGCAGUGUCUACCGACUUCUGGACCUCUAUGGCUGGGCCCAGCUGAGUGACACUUACGUCACGAUGAGAGUCAGCAAGGAGCAGGACCACUUCCUCAUUAGCCCGAAGGGAGUUUCCUGCAGUGAAGUCACAGCAUCCAGCCUGAUCAAGGUGAACAACCUGGGAGAGGUGGUGGAGAAGGGCAGCAGCUGCUUCCCGGUGGACACCACGGGCUUCUGUCUGCACUCGGCCAUCUACGCAGCCAGACCCGACGUGCGCUGCAUCAUCCACCUGCACACGCCGGCCACGGCCGCGGUGUCAGCCAUGAAGUGGGGCCUCCUGCCUGUCUCCCACAAUGCCCUGCUGGUGGGGGACAUGGCCUAUUACAACUUCAAUGGUGAAAUGGAGCAGGAAGCGGAUCGGAUCAACCUGCAGAAGUGCCUUGGACCCACCUGCAAGAUCCUGGUGCUAAGAAACCAUGGCGUGGUUGCCCUCGGUGACACUGUGGAGGAGGCGUUUUACAAGAUCUUCCACCUGCAGGCGGCAUGUGAGAUACAGGUGUCCGCUCUGUCCAGCGCCGGGGGAGUGGAGAACCUCAUCCUCCUGGAGCAGGAGAAACACCGCCCCCAUGAGGUGGGCUCUGUGCAGUGGGCGGGGAGCACCUUCGGGCCCAUGCAGAAGAGCCGGCUGGGGGAACACGAGUUCGAGGCCCUCAUGAGGAUGCUGGACAACCUGGGCUACAGAACAGGCUACACAUACCGCCACCCCUUUGUUCAAGAGAAAACCAAACACAAAAGUGAGGUGGAGAUUCCGGCCACAGUCACAGCCUUCGUGUUCGAGGAGGACGGCACCCCGGUGCCCGCCCUGCGGCAGCACGCCCAGAAGCAGCAAAAGGAGAAGACCCGCUGGCUCAACACGCCCAACACCUACCUGCGGGUCAACGUGGCUGACGAGGUCCAGAGGAGCAUGGGCAGCCCCCGGCCCAAGACCACAUGGAUGAAGGCUGACGAGGUGGAGAAAUCCAGCAGUGGCAUGCCAAUACGGAUCGAAAACCCAAACCAAUUUGUGCCUCUCUAUACCGACCCCCAAGAAGUGCUGGACAUGCGGAACAAGAUUCGCGAACAAAACCGACAGGAUGUGAAGUCGGCGGGGCCCCAGUCCCAGCUCCUGGCGAGCGUCAUCGCUGAGAAGAGCAGAAGCCCGUCUACAGACAGCCAGCUGAUGGCCAAGGGCGACGCGGACACCAAAGAUGAGUCAGAAGAGACGGUGCCCAACCCCUUCAGCCAACUCACUGACCAGGAGCUGGAGGAAUACAAGAAAGAGGUGGAGAGGAAGAAACUAGAACUGGAAGGAGAGAAAGAAACCGCUGCAGAGGAGCCUGGCUCACCUGUAAAGUCUGCACCUGCUUCUCCAGCACAGAGUCCAGUGAAGUCAGAGACAAAGAGCCCCGUGGUCUCUCCCUCCAAGUCUUUAGACGAAGGUGCUAAGGAGACAGAAACAAGCAAAGCCACCACAGAGCCCGAAACAAAGCAGCCAGAAGGGGUGGUGGUCAACGGGAGGGAGGACGAGCAGACCGCAGAGGAAAUUCUCAGCAAAGGCUUGAGCCAGAUGACCACCAAUGCCGACACGGAAGUUGACACCUCUAAGGACAAAACCGAGUCGGUCACCAGCGGCCCCAUGUCCCCAGAGGGCUCACCUUCCAAAUCUCCCUCAAAGAAGAAAAAGAAAUUCCGAACCCCAUCCUUCCUGAAAAAGAGCAAAAAGAAGGAGAAGGUGGAGUCCUGA